UCGCUAUGGCAUCGUCCCUAUAUAAAAGAUGAUCGUAAUAGGAUCUAUACCUGUCGGGGUCUGAGAGAGGACUGAACAGCUGCUGUUUUCAACCAUGAAAGGUUUUAAACAAACAGUGUUGUUCUUGGGCAUUGUCGCCACCAUGUACGGAAGACUCUGUAUGGCUGACUGCACUACAGAUCCUACAUGCAGCGGACAUGGAACCUGUGAAACAGAAAAGACGUGCACCUGUGACACUGGUUACAUUGGUGACUUGUGUGAACAUGAUGACCCUUGCCUCCCUGAUCCAUGUAAUGGCAAAGGAACAUGUGAACCUGAUACAUCGAACCCGCCCAAGGAUACCUGUAAUUGUGAAGCAGGCUAUGGAGGAGAUAAAUGUGACCUCGAUCCCCAAUGCGACGCUGCCACGGAUUGUCUUAAUGGUGGAACCUGCGACAAAAAUGGUGAUCAGUAUCUUUGCAACUGCGUCCCUGGUCAUGGAGGAGACACAUGCAAUCUAGCUCCCCAAUGCGACGCUGCCACGGAUUGUCUUAAUGGUGGAACCUGCGACAAAAGUAGUGAUCAGUAUCUUUGCAAAUGCGCCCCUGGUUAUGGAGGAGACACAUGCAAUCUAGCUCCAAAGUGCACAGUUUUGAUUCCCUGUGAAAACGGCGGCACCUGUAAGGCUGACACCACCGGACAGGAUAUCUGUUUCUGUGCUCCAGGCUUUGGAGGGGACCUGUGUGCUGAUGCUUCUGGUGCUGCUAAGGUAUCGGUGCACCUCCUGCUUCUCAUGGGUGUGGCUGCCCUUGCAACGUUGAACCUCAACUGAAUACACCCGGACCGGAAUACGACGUCUAGUAGAUACAUAUUGCGUUUGAUGUUGUGAUCAAUAACCACAUAUACACAUAUUUAAUAGGAGGGGCUGGGACAUAUUCGACAAAUAUUUUGCGUUUGUUUGCCCAAAAAUUGUCAAUAAUUGUUAAUUUGUUUGACAACAUACCAAUAUAUGGUUCAUGUUUUUUAACCUCAUAAUCUUUUGUAAACAUCCUUAUUCUGCAUGUCAAUGAUUCCUUACAAAUUGAAUAUUAUUACCUCACUGUAGCUAAGAAGAUAAAAUUCCUUGAUAGUUUUCGGCCACUGAUGAUAUGUUACUGAUGACGUGGAACUCUCCCCCAGUGACCACCGACACAGAGUAAAUGUUAUCUACUUCUUAUCUACAGUGACAGUGAACGAUUGUUACCUACCCACCCAAAGUGUUUUGUCCCAUUAUCGUGUAUAGUCUGAUGCAUCGUGUUUAAACCAUAUGAAUAAAACAGGAAGGCAAGAGA